AUGGCCGACCGCGACGUUCUCCCCGACAACAUCAAGCCCUCGCACUAUGUCUUGUCUCUGCGGGACAUUGACUUCAAGAACUGGACCUACAAGGGCACCGUGACCAUCCAGUCGGAAAUCGUCAAGCCCACCAAGCAAGUCGUCCUAAACACCCUCGAGCUCAAAGUCUUCAACGCCAAGGUCCUCGUCAAUAGCACCAAGUCGGAGCAGUCAUGGGAGUCCUCCAACAUCUCCUACGAUAACAAGGCCCAGCGCGCCACCGUCACCUUUGACAGCGAGCUCCCCGUUUCCAGCAAGGCCUCCCUCGUCGUCGAGUUCGAGGGCAUCAUCAACAACGAGAUGGCCGGUUUCUACCGCAGCAAGUAUAAGCCUGCCGUCACCCCGGCCGCUUCGGUUCCCCACGACGACGAGUGGCACUACAUGCUCAGCACCCAGUUCGAGGCCUGCGAUGCCCGCCGAGCUUUCCCCUGCUUCGACGAGCCCAACCUCAAGGCCACCUACGACCUGGAGAUUGAGAUCCCCGCCGACCAGGUCGCCCUGAGCAACAUGCCCGUCAAGGACACCAAGCCCACCAGGGAGGGCUGGAAGCUGGUUUCUUUCGAGACGUCUCCCGUCAUGAGCACCUACCUCUUGGCCUGGGCUGUCGGCGACUUUGAGUACAUUGAGCAGCUGACCGACCGCAAGUACAAUGGAAAGCAGAUCCCCGUCCGCGUCUACACCACCCGUGGCCUCAAGGAGCAGGGUCGCUGGGCUCUGGAGCACGCCCCCAAGAUCAUCGACUUCUUCUCCGAGAUUUUCGACAUUGACUAUCCUCUUCCCAAGUCCGACCUGCUUGCCGUCCACGAGUUCACCCACGGCGCCAUGGAGAACUGGGGUCUCGUUACCUACCGUACCACUCAGGUCCUCUUUGACGAAAAGACGUCUGAUGCUCGAUACAAGAACUCCGUCGCCUACGUCGUCGCCCACGAACUUGCUCACCAAUGGUUCGGCAACCUGGUCACCAUGGACUGGUGGGAUGAGCUGUGGCUCAACGAAGGUUUCGCUACCUGGGUCGGGUGGCACGCCGUGGACCACCUACACCCCGACUGGCAAGUUUGGGCCCAGUUUGUCAACGAGGGCAUGGAGAGCGCCUUCAGCCUGGACGGCAUCCGCGCCAGCCACCCCAUCCACGUCCCUGUCCGUGAUGCCCUCGACAUCAACCAGAUCUUUGACGCCAUCAGCUACCUCAAGGGCUGCUCCGCCAUCCGCAUGCUGGCCAACCACCUCGGCGUCGAGACCUUCCUCAAAGGCGUUUCCAACUACCUCAAGGCCCACGCCUACGGCAAUGCCAAGACCAAGGCUCUGUGGGAUUCCUUGGCUGAUGUCUCUGGCAAGAACGUUAACGAGAUUAUGCACCCCUGGAUCUCCAAGAUUGGCCACCCCGUCUUGACCGUUUCCGAAGAGCCUGGCAAGAUUGCCAUCAAGCAGUCCCGUUUCCUGUCCACCGGCGAUGUCAAGCCCGAGGACGAUACCACCACCUGGUGGGUUCCUCUCGGUCUGGUUGGCAAAAAGGGCGAGAGCGGCAUCGCUGCCCUCUCCUUGGACAAGAAGGAGGACACCAUCCUCGACGUUGACACCGAGUUCUACAAGCUCAACAGCAACGCCACUGGUUUCUACCGAGUGGCCUACCCCCCUUCUCGUCUGGCCAAGCUCAGCACCCAGCUCGACAAGCUCAACACCGAGGACAAGAUUGCCAUUAUUGGUUCGACUGCGAAUCUCGCCUUUGCCGGCAACAGUUCUGCCUCCGCUCUGCUUACCUUCCUCCAGGGCUUCCAGAAGGAGGCACACCCCCUCGUGUGGAGCCAGAUCCUGGGCAGCCUCAGCAACCUCAAGUCUGUCUUUGGAGAAGACAAGGAGAUUAAGAAGGGCCUCAACAACUUUAUCGUCAAGCUGAUUGACGAAAAGGUGAAGGGGGUUGGAUGGGAGUUCCCCGAGGGCGAGAACUACCUUGCUGGUAUUCUCCGCAACGACCUCAUUAGCAGCGCCGUUUCCGCCAACCACCCUGAGGUCAAGGCUGAAGCCCUCAGGCGAUUCAACGCCUGGGUUGAGAACCCCGAGACCAAUGCCAUCACUCCCUCUCUGCGUGGUCCCGUCUGGCGUGCCGGUCUCGACGACAACGCUGCUCGCAACGUCGAGGUCCUCAAGAACGAGUGGUUCUCCACCAAGGCCAUUGACGGCAAGCUCAUUGCCCUCGCUGCUCUCGCCGCCGUCGACGACGCCGACAUCAUCAAGAACAACCUCAUUCCCUUCAACUUCAACACCUCCCCCCCUCAGGACGCCGUCCCCGCUGCCGACAUGCACGUCCUCGGUGGCAACCUGGCUCGCCAUGUCGUUGGUCGCACCCUCCAGUGGGAGUUUUUGAAGAACAACUGGGAUCUUGCCGUUGCCAAGCUCGGCAACCCCAUUGUUCUUGACCGCUACGUCGGCAUCAGCUUGAACACCUUUACCGACGUCGCUAUUCUGGACGAUAUUGAGCAGUUCUUCAAGGACAAGGACACCAACAGCUUUGACCGCACUCUGGAGACGGCCAAGGACAGAAUCAGGGGCAGAGCUGCGUACAAGAAGCGUGACUCGGAUGCGCUGAAGCAGUGGCUGUCGUCGAAUGGAUAUUUUUAA